AUGCCUUAUGUGUCGCUGAAAGUGGAACGAGACGGGGAAGGAACAAUCAAAGUCUCCCAACACGAUCAAAAAGGCGACUUGGGUCAGGUGGAAGUCGUGCCCGCCGAAGGUGCCCAGGAGGGCAACAGGAAACGAAAGCUUGAGGAAGAGAGCCAGGGUGGUGCCAACGAAUACGAGACUGUAGAAGUUGUUGUUAGAAUACAGGUCAAACGACAGCAGCCUGCAACAUCUGCCCCUCUCAAGUCGGACGCCAAACGUCAAAAAACUGAGCUGGAUGCGAAGGCACCCGACCAUCAUGAGCAGAAUGGUGCCCGCAGCACAGAUGCGAACAUCAAUGCCAACAUGCUGCUGGCGGGUGACUGGCGCGCAGUCUACGAGUCUUUCUAUAAGAGGGUCAAGAAGAGGAUUGACGAUGCUGUGAAGCAAUCAUGUCCCAACGAUCAUAAGUAUUUCAAGUCGUAUGCGACGCCACUGUCCGAGGUGCUUCCCGAUAUCAAUCGGCCAUCAGAAGAAGCACGCACGCAUCGUGGGACAAGAAGGGGCGCGUAUGCUUUGGACAAAGCUGAAGAGGCCGUGGCAGCAAUAUUUACCCAUGUUGUGACCAGCAAAGUCGGAUGGCACACGCCGAUCAAGUCUGCAACCAAGUUGGACAUGUCGUCGUCAGGCCUGGAUAUCACUGGACUGAACAAGAUCGAUGCUGCUCUUGCAAAGCUAACGCGGACGCGGCUGUUGUGUUACCCGCUCACUUGUACUGAAGUCGACGGCGACCAAGUGGACAUCAGGAAAGUUGUCGAAUACUGGCACAACGAUCUGGACCGUAUCAACAAUAGCCUUGUGGGGGUAUUCACGGUCAGACCGCAGCUCUUUCCCCAAAGCUGGAAGGUCCUUCACGAUGUGUGGGGUGUCCGAGACGAGCUUGAUCCGUUGUGCUAUAGAUGCGAGGAGUUGGAAGAGGAGUUGAAGGAUGCGAAGGAGGCCUUGAAGCAGGCCGAUCGAUCCAGCUAUUCACGAGGACAAUUGUACAUGGAUCUCUAUCCGGACGAUGACAGUGAUGACUAUUACUGA